CUGGCAGAAACAUCAUUAUCACUAGGGUCUAAGAGCAUGCAACACCCUCCUUCCUUAUCGUGAGCUAGUUGGUUGUUCUGGUUGGUUUUUUUCCUCCUCAGAGGUGGCCUGGAUAAAAAGAGCCAUCUCAACCAAACGGUCUUCCUGUUAAUUUCUCAUUGAUAAGCUAUAGACAAUUUACACCUUUGCUGCUCUGAUCUGUUCAGAGCAACAACUGUAGUAAAUCAGAAUUCUCUACCAGAGAAUAACCCAGCUGGUGCUAUGUCAAACUUCGUAGCUCCAGAAAUUAAAAAAUUUGUCAUUUGGGACUACGUUGUUUUUGCAGGACUAUUUUUGGUAUGUGCUAGCAUUGGAGUCUUUUUUGCAAUUAAGGAGAGAAAAAAGAAAACUUCGCAGGAGUUUUUGGUGGGUGGUAAGCAGAUGUCAUGUGGACCAAUAGCCUUCUCCCUCACGUCCAGCUUCAUGUCAGCAGUGACAGUUCUGGGGACACCCUCCGAAGUUUAUCGCUACGGAGCAUCCUUUGUUCUGUUCUUCCUUUCAUACACAUUUGUCAUCAUUUUAACUUCUGAGAUUUUUCUACCUGUAUUUUACAGAUCUGACAUUACAAGCACUUACGAGUAUUUGGAGUUAAGAUUUAACAAGAAUGUCCGUCUUGUUGCAACACUGAUCUACAUCCUGCAGACGAUUCUUUACACAGGAAUAGUGGUUUAUGCUCCAUCACUGGCUCUCAACCAAGUCACUGGGUUUGAUCUCUGGGGCUCUGUAGUUGCAACAGGAAUUGUCUGCACUUUCUAUUGCACUAUGGGAGGAUUAAAAGCUGUUGUCUGGGCAGAUGCAUUUCAAAUGGUGAUCAUGGUGCUUGGCUUCAUGACUGUUUUGAUUCGAGGAACUAUUCUGAAUGGUGGGUCAACCAGGAUCUGGGAAGAUGCCUAUGAAGGAUCACGACUGAACAUAUUUGACUUUGAUGUGGAUCCUUUAAGACGACACACCUUUUGGACAAUUGUUAUUGGGGGAACAUUUACGUGGCUAGGACUCUAUGGAGUUAAUCAGUCCACAAUACAGAGAUGCAUUUCUUGCAAAACAGAGAAGCAUGCAAAGAUGGCACUUUACCUGAAUUUACUGGGACUUUGGAUAAUCCUGGUGUGUGCAGUAUUCUCUGGUUUGGUGAUGUACGCUCAUUACAAGAAUUGUGAUCCUUGGACUGCUGACUUCAUUUCAGCUCCUGAUCAGCUCAUGCCAUAUUUUGUUAUGGACAUUUUUUCUUCAAUGCCAGGAAUCCCAGGACUAUUUGUUGCCUGUGCGUUCAGCGGAACAUUAAGCACGGUGGCAGCUAGCAUCAAUGCUUUAGCAACUGUUACCUUUGAAGACUUGGUCAGGAAAUGUUUCCCAGGCCUGUCUGAGAAAACGAGCACGUGGAUCAGCAAAGGCUUGUGUAUAUUAUACGGUGUUUUGUGCACAUCCAUGGCUGGAGCAGCAUCACUGAUGGGAGGAGUUGUGCAGGCUGCCCUCUCCAUUCAUGGAAUAUUUGGAGGGCCCAUGCUGGGAUUAUUUACUCUGGGAAUAAUCUUUCCUUGUGUUAACUGGAAGGGUGGAAUCAGCGGCUUCCUCACUGGAAUCACCUUGGCUGCCUGGGUUGGCAUUGGCUCCUUCAUCUAUCCUGCACAGCCCGUAAAGACCAUUCCCUUGGAGCUGUCGACUCUCAACUGCACACUGGCAAACAGCACUGCCCUGCCGACCACAGCAGCUCCCAUCACGGCUGCCAACAGGCCUCUGCUGGCAGACACCUGGUACUCCCUGUCCUACCUCUACUUCAGUACCAUCGGCUGCCUGGGCUGCAUCAUCUCAGGGCUGCUCAUCAGCUUUGUAACAGGGCCUACCAAAGGAGAGGACAUCCGCCCAGUGCUAAUUAAGCCAGUCUGCAACUUCUUUUGCUUCUGGUCGGACAGGCUCAAGACACUGAUGUGGUGUGGUGUGCGGCACAACAGCCAGGACGAAGAUUUUGAAAAAAAUCUGCCUGAAGUUAUCGCAGAUACAGCUGGAACAGAAGACACCCUCAAGAACAAAGUCAGCAAAGAAAACACAAGCCAGUUGCCUGGUUACAAUCCUGAGGAAAAAUCCUAUACAAAUAUGAGCAAAGAAUCUCGUCUCUAGAAGCUGAGGAAUGGGAUAUUUAAUCAAACUUUACUCCAUCUUCAGAAAUGAAGAGCUCUUUGUAUCACAUUUACCACCUUCUAGAUGACCAAGAAAGAACUGCUCUCUAUAGCAAUAAAGGCAGGAUUUUUAUUUAUGAAUUUCAUGACAGAACUGGGAAAUUGUAACACAAUGUUCUUUGUGGAAGCUCUGCUAUUUCAGAAGAAAUGUUUCAUGAAUCUUGUCAUGGAAACUACUAGGAAGUAGCUGCAAUACGUCUAUACAUCAUUCUCUGUUCAGUAACUAGUCAUUGAAUGGUAAAGUGCAAAGGUGAACUUGAGAUAAAGCAACACUUCAGAUAAGCUUCCGGGGUCUCUCACUAAGGUGAGACUGUGAACUGCCCUCUGAUGGAGGUCAUGCUCUCUCCACUGCAGAGGGAGGCCAAGGGAGAGGAGGAGGUCUGUGCCCAUUCUUAGGCAUCACAGAAAGCCUCUGCACAGAAACACUGUAUAGACCAGACUGGUCUUCUAUUGACUGAGUUUAUUGUGCUUGCUUCCUCUGUGGAAAUAAGAAGUCUUUGUAAUGUCUUAUUCCAAGCAAUAGGAGAGGGUAACAAAUUUUACAAAAAUUCAGGAUAGUUCUUUAUCCAUAAUUAGUCUUUGAAAGACAUCCUUUUAGCUUGAAAAGAUUAUCUUCAGCCUUUUUGUUUGGUUGAAUGUUUGUAUAUCUUUUUAUUUGUUUUUGUUUUUAAGCUGCAAAAUCCAUUUACUAGCUGUAAGCAAUAAAUAAAUUGCCAUUUUAUAAUGCCUCCUAAUUGAAAAUCCAUGAGAAUUUUGAAUAAAGCACAUCAUGAGGUGAAAUAAUUUCCGUGCUAGAAUGUUUUGGAAGAAUUUACCCAAAUGUGCUAAGGGCUCUGUAACAGUGAAAUGCAUUUCCCUCUAUAUCCUGCCUGUUAGUCAGACUCAACAGAUCACCU